AUGAGACUCGGCGCGCGAGGUGUCUGGGCCGCGCUGUUCCUGGGGGCGCUGCAGGUGCUAGCGCUGCUGGGGACAGCCGUGGACAGCUCAGGGUCGGCGGAGUCUACAAGCGAAAACAGGUCUGUGGUUCCACAAAACUCCAGUGCCAAUUCAUCAGGGAAUCCCCUACAAGUGCUUUCCAGCGAUAAAAACGCAUCUUCCAACACUGUGAAACUGUCAACAACUGCAGUUUCCUCAGUCUCAAGCAACGUGUCAGUUACCACCUCGAAACCCAAAGUAACAUCUCUUACAACUUCCACCACCGUAAAGCCUGCCCCCAACAGAACAAGUAUUUCACAAAGCACAUCUCAGAUGUUAACAUCCACAAUGACCCACAAUAGUUCGGUGACAUCUGUUUCUUCAUCAGUAACAACGAGUAUUAAUUUUAAAGAAAAUAAAGGAUCAAAAUUUGAUAUUGGCAGCUUUGUUGGUGGUAUUGUAUUAACACUGGGAGUUCUAUCUAUUCUUUACAUUGGAUGCAAAACAUAUUAUUCCAGAAGAGGCAUUCGAUAUAGAACAAUUGAUGAACAUGAUGCCAUCAUUUAAGGAAAUCCAAGGACCAAGGAAAGAAGAAAGAUUGAUGCAGCCCCAUCAAUUAAUUCUGGUUCAUUUUUAGCUUAAAUAUUCUCUUCUUGGAACUUGUAGAAACA